AUGGGCAAGGAGAUGAUCUCUCAGGAUGCCUCUCUCCCGCGCGAAGUCGCAUUAUGCUACACUUUGUAUUACUACCGGUCUUGCAAUGAAUCGAACCUCACAAGAGAUUCUCGACAGACGUGGGAUCAUCAUACCUUUAGGCCUUCUUCUCAAAUAAGAUCUACAGGCUUGACGGACGAAGUUCAGUGGGAUGGAUAUAGUUUGUUCAUCCGCGGGGAUAGGGUGGUUCUCUGGAGUGGGGAGAUACAUCCAUGGCGCGCUCCGAAUCCUCAACUCCACGUCGAUCUUCUCCAGCGUAUCAAAGCCUUGGGGUUCAACUCAAUAUCUAUAUAUACCUUCUGGAGCCUCAACAAUCCUUCGCAAGGGGUACUGGACUUCGAGGGCUGGAAAGGAUUUGAGCCUUUUUUGAUGAUGGCCAGGGAGGUGGGGCUAUGGGUCGUUGCUAGACCAGGACCAUAUAUCAACGCCGAGGUAACAGGCGGAGGUAUACCAGCAUUGGUGGCAUCUCUGCCUGAUGUCAAGUUGCGAACAAAUGAUACGUUUAUACCGAAGCAUACCUCGACUACUGGCUGGCGGUGGGGAAGAUUUUUGCCAAGCAUCAAAUUUCCAACAAUGGGUCUAUCAUUGGUGUGCAAAUCGAGAAUGGCAAGUUCAGUCUCCCACCCUACAGCUUUCGUCGUUAGACACGACAAAACCGGAUACGAAGGAACACUCGAUCUAACAUAUAUUGGUCAUUUGGAGAAGACGAUGAGGAAUGUGGGGAUCGUUGUGCCCUUGACUUUCAAUGAUGUCGCACCUAAGAAGCGAUUAUUCGAAGGACCAAGUGCAGUUGAUAUCUAUGGUCUGGACAGCUACCCAGCCGUUCGAGAGUGUUCCAAAAUCGGACAAUGGAAUCCCGUCAGGCAGUAUCGAGAGUAUAUGGAGAGUACGUCCGGUAAAGUCGGAACAUUGUGA